AUGGUGGAAAUCCUUGGAGAAAUAUUUGAUCCUGAAAGUGCUCGUGAACUGCUAGAAGAAGAUAAAGCAGAUAAUAUCAGCUAAAAUGAGCUCAAGAAGCGCGUGUGGAAGGACUGGAUACGGUUACAAAAGCUCAAGGAAAAGCAUGACAAAGAAGAGCCCAAGUCAACGGCAAAACAAGAUCAGGCAUAUAGUCAGAAGAAGAUGUUAAGGGCACAAGAUGCUAUCCUCAAGUCCCUGGUGAUGAUCAUGGAAGUUUGUAAAGCUCGAGGUUUCGUUUAUGGUAUAGUCCCAGAGAAAGGAAAGCCUGUUACGGGCUCGUCUGAUAGUUUACGCGAGUGGUGGAAAGACAAAGUCUAGUUCAAUCAGAAUGCUCCUCUUGCCAUUGCUGAGUUCUUGCUUGUGUUGGCGCAAGUAGCUCAUGAAUCAAAUCCAAGUUCCUUUUUGCAUCUCCUUCUUGAUUUGCAAGAUACUACUUUAGGGUCCCUUCUUUCUGCCCUCAUACAACACUGUGUCCCUCCUCAACGAAGGUUUCCUAUAGAGAAGGGCUUACCUCCUCCUUGGUGGCCUACUAUGAAAGAGAUUUGGUGGGGUGAACAACAACCAACUAGAGAAAAUGGGCCGCCUCCUUACAGGAAACCCCACGACCUUAAAAAGGCUUGGAAAGUGAGUGUCUUGGCAUCGGUCAUCAAGAACAUGUCUCCUAAUAUGGAGAAUAUGAGAAGGCUGGUCAGACAAUCUAAGUGUGUGCAAGAUAAGAUGACAGCUAAGGAGACUGCAACUUGGUCUCAAGUGGUCAACCAAGAGGAAGCGCUUCUACAGCUUAAAGAUGAUGAAAAUAGAACAGAAGAGGAAGUAGAUCGAUCAAGUCAUAUUCUGCACAAAGGCAAGCAUUUCUACGUUAACGACAGCUCCUAUUUACAUACCAGUGAAAAAAGGAAGCGGAUGCCUGAUCCACAUCAUUUCUCGGUGAAAGCAUUGUACGCUCUCCAAAACUCUGCGCGUUCACAAAGUGAAAUAAGUUUAGGCUCUGUGGACAAGAACUCGAGUACAGACCAUGAAUCCCAGUAUGUUUAUCGCACAAUGUCGGAAGGUGAUUAUAACCAAGAAAACAAUGAUGAGCAUUCGAGAUUUGCAAGAGCCAUCCCCUUGAAUGAUCAUCCUUCCAAUGAUGAUACACAUCUGAUAAGUUUAGCUGAGUGGAUGAAUAUGGAGCUAGCACAUUCUAAUAAGAGCAGUACUGCAAGUGAAGUUGAAGUAGGCGAGGUAUCCGUCAGUACAAUUCAGGGAGAUUAUGCAAGCUACUGGGGAGGCGGGAUUGAAGACAUAGCACUGGAUGGAGCAUUCGAGAUCCAACGAGGAAACGAGGAUUUAAAUCCCAAUCCAUCAGAAGAGAUCUCAUAUGUGUUAGGAGAUUUUCUAACAGAAAGACGAUUCUAA